AUGGUGCUUAAGGUGGUCUUCCGGCGUCAGACGUUGCAAAGGCUUCGGGGUUUGGGUGAGUGGCUUGUUCUGAAUCAAUCGGUGAUGGUGAUGAGUGGAGAAAGUGAUCGAAAGCAGCCUUUCUGGCUAGGCAUGGCGGCGGAGACCAUGGUGGUUGCAUGCGGUGGUUGGAGGCGGUGCAUGCCGGUGAUUCUUGCUGGGUUUAGAUCGGAAUUUGGUGCUGGUUCGAUUGCUGGUGACGGUCUACCAGAUUAUUUUACUGUUAAGCUCUAUCAUGGGGGUUAUUUUAGUGGGAAUCAGUAUAUAGGUGGGAAGAUAAACUAUUAUGAAUUUGUGGACAAGGAUCGGAUGUCACUUGUCGAAGUUGAUGCAAUGGUUAGGGGGUUGAACCAAGACUAUGUUGGCAAGAGGAUAGAUUACUGGUAUAGGAUUGGAACUGAGGAUGAUGCUUUGACAAAGCUUUCGACAGAUUUGGAUGCAGUUACUAUGUGCUGUUGUGUUCCACAAAUUAGGCUAGUGAUUUUAUACUUGGAUCAUUGGUAUUUGAAGCCGGAUUAUAUAGAGAUAGAUGAUGACCUCAUGGAUGAAGAGGAUGAGUAUCAUGAUUUUGCUUUUAGUCAGGUAGGAUCCAGUGGAGUUGUUAUUGAGGAGUUACCAGAUUCACCAAGGAGGAAGCCAAGUGUGGUUAUAAAGCAGCUUCCUGAUUCACCAAGGAGGGAUACUCCGAGUAGGCCACCAAAGAAGUCUUGUACUCCUGUCAUACCUGAGUUAGAGUGGCAUGAUGUAGUGCCACCAAAGAAACCUUCAAGAAUUGUCAUUAGGGAGCUGGAAUGGACCAGUGUUGUGCAUACUCAAGCUAGUGCAGCUCAAGUGAAUGCACCUAAAGACAAAGGCAAGCAAAAAAUUGUGGAGGAAGAACUUGAUGUAACUGUCUUUGAUGGCUUAGACAGUCGUGUGGAUGUUGCUGUGUCCAGCUACGAACCAAGAAGCUCAAGAUCAACAGUACCUACUGAUGUAGAGCAAGAAGCAGAUGUUGUAACUGAUGAUGAUGACUUAUUGUAUGAGAACAGUUCAGAGGAUAAGGACUAUGUUCCCAGGUUUGACAAUGAAGAUUAUGAUGAAUAUGGUUUGGAUGAUGAUUGGUUAGGUGACAUGGAUGUUGAGUUUAAUGAAGUUGGUCAGUGGAUAGGAGGAGUUGGUCAAGGGUCCUCUUCUGCAGGUGUUGAGAAUGAGGCAGAUGUAGAUGAUUUUGAUAAUGAGACAAUGCAUGGAGCUAUUGAGUCUGAUGAGGAGUGUAUUGGGAAUGAGGUAGGGUCUGAUGGGGAAGAAGAUGGAGAUGGGUUCCCUGAGUUCAACCCUAAAACUGAUAUGCAUAACCCUCAAUUCUGUCUAGAGGUUAUUGCACAAGCAAUGUCAGCUGGAGUGAAGGCAAGAGUGUCAAACCAACAGGCUUACAGAACAAAAAAGGCAGCCUUGGCCCGUUUAGAAGCUGAUAUCAAGGAACAAUAUGCAAGAAUAAAGGACUAUGGGGAUGAGCUCAGAAGAGCAGAUCCAAAUACCACCAUUGACAUCAAGUGUGACUUCAGUGAAGGCCAGCUACCUAUAUUCAAGCGGAUGUAUAUUUGUUUAGGAGCACUUAAGAUGGGAUUUAGAGCUGGAUGCAAGUCAAUACUUGGCCUAGAUGGGUGCCACUUGAAAAGCUGCUAUGGAGGUCAGCUACUUACAGCUAUGGGGUUAGAUGCAAAUAACACUACCUGGGUGUUGGCCUUUGCCAUGGUAGAGUUGGAGAAUACUGACAGCUGGACUUGGUUUUUGGACCUGUUAGCUAAGGAUCUGAACAUAAGGGAUGAAGGAGCUGGAUGGACCUUCAUUAGUGAUAAUCAUGAGGGGUUGUUACCUGCUUUUGCUGAAGUGAUGCCACUUGCAGACCUGAGAUUUUGUGUUAGACAUUUGUAGACAAACUUCAACAAAUUAUUUCCUGGAAAGGUGAUGAAGGAUCAGCUAUGGGCUUGUGCAAAGGCAACCACAAAGAACUUUUUUAUCAAGGAAAUGGUCCUGAUGAACCAACUGGAUCCUUUAGCAUGGGAAUGGCUAAUGCAUCCUGAUAGGCCUGCCAAGCACUGGUCUAGGGCACAUUUUGGAACACAUCUGAAGUGUGACAUCCUCUUGAAUAAUUUGUCCGAGAGCUUCAGUGUAUUCAUUGUACCAGCUAGAAAGAAGCCAAUUGUGAGCUGUUUUGAAGAAAUAAGGGUUAAGCUGAUGAGGAGAAUCCAAGUUAGGAAGGAUAAGAUGCUGAAACAUGAAGAUACAAUCUGCCCCAAACCUAGGGAGAUAUUGGAGAAAAACAAGGUCAAGGCUGCAACUGAUUGCAUACCUAGUGGAUCAGGUGGGCCACAAAUUGAAGUUGCAAGCAUAGGAGGCAGCAAGUAUGUGGUGAACCUUGAAGCCCACACUUGUGCAUGCAGAAGAUGGGAUUUAACUGGCAUCACAUGUAAACAUGUUGUUUCAGCAAUACAUUACAUGAGACAUGCCCCUGAAGAGUGUGGAUCAGUGCUACUUGAAGAAUACAUACAUGGCCAUUUAUGCCAACACAAUCAAACUUGUAAAUGGUAUGGAUUUGUGGUCUAAGAGUGCAGAACCCCCAAUCCUUCCCCCACAAUACACAAGGCAACCAGGGAGACCAAGGAUAAAGAGGAUGAAGGAUGCAGCUGAGAAGGAGGCAGCCAAUGGUGGAAUCAAGCUUGGCAGAGUUCAAAGGUCUCUUAAGUGCAGCAACUGUCAACAACUUGGUCACAAUGUAAAGACCUGUCAUAGACACUUGCCACCCAAGGAUAAGACCUCAACAAGAAGUAGCAAGAAGAGAAAGUUGGAUGCAUCCAAAACUGAAACUCAGACCAACACUAAGAGCAAGGGACCAGUGAGUAAAAAUGAGUUGAGGAAGAAGGUACAACUAAAGGCAGAAAGGCUGAAGAAAAAGAGAUGAAAAGAAGGCACAGCAGGCAGCAGCAACAAGAGGAUCAAAGGGUAGACCUGCAACAGCUUCGACAACUUCUGCUCCAGCAAUGUCAAGAGCUACAGCUUCUGCUCCAACAAGGUCAAACCCUCCCCCUAAGCCUUCAUCAUCUAAGCAAGCAGCACCUACUAGGUCAUCUACCAGAAUCAAACAAAAGGAUGGAAAAAAUUAGGGUUUUAGUAUUGUGUGUUGUCUUGUUAGCAUGCCCUGAACUUUAUCAUAUUAGGUUUGUUUAUGUUGCUGUCUUUUGCGGAACCUUAAGCAAUGUCUCUUGGUUGCUAGCUCUAAUUUUUUGGCAAGAUGAUUAGAGCUAAAACCCAAAGCAACUUUUUUUUUUUUUUGG